UAUUCGUGAAUUGUGACUUGUGAGUGUGAGUCUGUGAGUACAUGUUGUGUAUGAAUAUCGAAGGCUCAUAAAAAAGAUGGGUGAUGUAUCACAGCAACAACGAAUUAUAAUCCGCAAUGCACAGCAGGCUGAACCGAAAAAUCCUUCCUUUGUCUCGAAACGCGAUCGUAUAGCGCAACAAUAUUAUAUCGUCAGAAAUUGGAAACCAUGGAGCGAUGUAUGGCCGUUGAUGAUUGGACGCGGUAUUCUGAUUAGCACGACGGUGAUCACUAGUCUUUAUCUCAAUCACCGAUUUAGAGCGAGGAUGAAGCUCCGAAAUUAUGGGACACUCCCUACAAUGUUAGGUCUCUCAAUAUCGCCAGCUGCAGUAACAGCUAUAGCCCAUACGGAGUUUAUCGUGAAUAAGCUAUUAUUAUUAGAGAUACCGUGUCCUUUAUGCAUGGAGUUCAAGUCUGCCUUGAUGCAAACUUGUAGCGGAGUGUUUUUGCCACUGAUGCUUGUACCAUUGGCAAACUUUUCAGUUGCUGCUGGCAGUGGAGUAUAUAGUACGCCACAUAUAACUGACAUAAGAGGAAUAUUUAGAAGUGUCUUCACACUCUAUCAGCCAAUGUUUCCCAAAAUUGCAAUGAUUUUCACUUUUCAUAUGUUACUAGCUGGUUUUAUAACGUAUUCAGAAAUCAAAUCUUACCUUCGAAUGCUAGAUAUACAGUAUUUAAUAAUAGAAGAAAAAGAGCAG